CUUGGUCGCCCCCUCGCGCUCAGACGACGGACUGCAUAAUCUCUAGCAGUUUCACUUUUCUUCCAUGACUGAGAAGUGUGACGGUCUCUGAAACAUAGCGACAAACUGCCGCGAAACUGCAAGCAGUGAUCGUGUUUCCUCCAGCAGAUGGCAGAGCCGGGCAGGACUGUGAGGGUGAGCGGUCUGCCCACAGACACUGACGAUGAUAGGCUGAAAGACAAGCUAUUUAUCCACUUCCUGAGGAAAAGGAACGGUGGAGGAGAAAUAGAGUCUGUCACCAUCGUCAAGGCAACGCCCGUCUCUGCCCUCAUCACCUUUGAGGACAGCAGAGUGGCACAGAGAGUCAUUCAACACGGGCCGCAUGUUCUGGAAGUCGAUGGAAAGCAGUAUGAAGUCACCAUAACUGAGCACCUUGAGAAGCCGGACCCAGACAAGGUCAUCCUAAAUUUGUCAGGAAUUGUCGACUGCGGGCAGCUUCCUGGAGGAGUAAUGGCGUUGACAAGCCUUCAUAAGAGUCACCCUGAUAUCCAGAUAAACCCUCUUGCAGAGGGGGGUUUGUACACAGUGCGUGGCCCUUAUUCCAAAGUUCAGGAUGCCUUGGCACAGCUGCUUGGCCAACCCGGACGUCCACAAUCAACAGAGAACAAAGAGUCGGGUCAGCCUGUCAACGCUGACUCUUCGUAUGUUCUGGUGGGCCAGAAACCUCAAACUCAGGAGUCUGAAGAUCGGAGCAGGAAGCUUAACAAGCAAAGGGAACAAAGAGAGAAAGUUCGCACUGACAGGUCAUCUGAUGAGUACAACUCAGGCUCACAUAGAGACCUGACACCAGGUGGUUAUGGCUGGGAAGAUACUGGCCAGACAGAGGGUGCAGCUCUGCAGCUUCCUGAACCUCCUGCCAUGUCACAGGAGGACUUCUUACUAAUUGUGGAUGCAGACAUGUUCCAGUAUCUGCAGAAACACCAUCGAAAAGAAUACCAGCGAAUCCUUACUCAGCAUGGUGUUGAUGUGGUGGAUAUGACCAGUCAGGGGCUGACUAGUCUGUAUUUGCAGGUUGCAACAGCAGCAGGGGAGGAUGGUCAAGAUCAGGAGUGCCUGAAGUUGGCGAGGAACGCAUUAAGUGUUUUUUUCCAAGAGAAUGAGACCAGGAUCCACCGAGCCCAGCUCCCUAAGAGUAUCCUGUCCCCCAGGGGGGGCUUGCAAAGGGCAAAGGAGAACUUAUGUGUACGAUUUCCCAAACUUCUUCUGAAUGAAGAUGACCGCAAUAUAUACAUUGUUGGCAGCAUUAGCGACGUGUCUGACGCCAAGCAGUUUCUGAUGGAGCACAACGAAGUGAGAGCAAAAAAAGAGGAUGUAUCCAGUCUUCUCAGAUUUCCUUCAUAUGAUUUAGGUUCACCAGCUCAUGCUGAUGAGCAGAGAGUCCCCCUCAGCACAUCCUCCACUUUAGAUCCUGUGAAUGAUAGGAUAGAUCAGCUGCUGAGGUCAGAGGAGGAUGAGAAGAGAGCUGAAGGGGCUAGAAGGUAUAAACUAGCUGCUCGGUUUAAGGAUACAGGACUUGCUGCAUUAGGCAGUCGGCCAACUGACUUCAGCUUACGAGGAGGACUCUCAUCUUCGAGCAGACAAACACGCCUUGGGCCGGUAUUAGGGCAUGAUGUGCUGUCAGAUACGGCAGAGAACGCUGGCCAAAAAGGCUCCAGAGCGUUAGCACAAAACACUGGUGGGGACAUUCUGUUUAAGAGUGGAGAUGCUUUGCCUUCUGCUGCGUCUACGCAGAACAAACCCUCAUUGAACUCACAUGUAAUUGAUAAUCAACCUAAGACUUUAACCUCCCCCUUGAGCACACCUCCGUCCAAUUUGUCAGGAAGAACCUCACUUCCAUCUGCUGUUUCUGGCUCCACCUUGAAGCGAGCCAGUAGUUUCUCAGGAACGCCUCGACAGAAGGCCCAUGUUACAGGCCAGAGGAGUCAAGACGACACAGACAAGCCCACAGUGAGAGCCAGGACCAGGUCCUCUAGCUUCACUCAUCAAAUGGGAAGAGACAAGCAGGGAGGUUAUAAUGCAGAGAUUACACUUUCGUUUGUGAUGUGGCAGCACAUAAAAGAAGCCUACAGCAGCCGAGUGGACGACCUGACUUCUGAUGUCCAGAUGAAAGCGAGCCGCCCAGGGGGCAGUAGUGAUCUGACUCUCACCUUAAUAGGGGCAAACUCAUCCAAAGUGAGUUCAUGUCAGCAAGGUCUACAGAAGCUUAUUGAUUCGGUGGGUGCAGAUUUCUCUGUGCUGGAUCUGCACUUGUCAGAGCUGGGCAUCACCAACCCAUCUGAUGAAACCUUGCAGGCUUGUUGUGCUGAGGUGCGUAGUCGAUUCAAGAAGAUUACCAUCCAGAUUUUUAAGACAAGCUUAUUUCUUCUUGGUCCAAAACAGCUGUGUUCUCAGGUAGGUGCUUUGCUACGGGAGGUGUUUUCUGGAGAUUUAGCCCAGAUGCCUGACCAGCAGAACUUCUCUACCACCUCUACCUCCAACGGGAAUCUAUCCCUGUGUUUACAAAUGAAUGAGGACCAAAGAACAACUCCUCAGGUCAUGCUGGAGAGCCAAACAAGCAAAGCAGAUGGAACUGGUUGUAGUCAGGAAAAGAGAACAAACAACAGAAGUGACUUCCAAGAGACAGAGCUUGUGAAUGGAUCUGUCAGCCAGCCGUUAGUGAGGAAAGACCCUGUUGUUAAGGAGAAAGUGAAAGUUGUAGGUACAGUGGAGAUAGAUGGACAGAAGACUGAGACGUCUGUCAGGGACCCAAGAACAGCAAACGACGAAAGUGCAAAACGUGUAAAUGGUGUCAGGUCAACUGAAACCCGUACUGAUGAAGAGACGGUCCCUCACGCCAAACCGAGACCCGUACGCUUCACACAAAAGGAAAUUGGACAGAAAAGACGAACAGAAAUCGGAGAAACCACAGAGGAAUCCAGGUCAGGCCUGGGAGACCCGGGGUGGAUCUGUGUGUGUUGUGAGAAUGAGAAGUUGAUGAUGAGAACUAAGUGUGGCAUUGCCUUGUGCUCAAAGUGCCUGGACACUGUACAUGUCCACUGCAGAGUUUGCCAUGAGACAGAGCCAACAAAACGGGGCAUCCAGGGCAUAAUGAGCCACGCUAAGCUAAACAUCAGCAUACCAGGAUGCGCAAAAGACUCUGCUAUCAAGAUCACGUACCGCAUCCCUGACGGUAUCCAAGGGGAGGGUCACCCUUCUCCAGGAAAACCAUUUCAAGGAGGCGUGUUUGAAGCCUUCCUUCCUGACUGCGAGAAGACAAAGAAGCUGCUUCCCAGGCUGGAGAAAGCCUUCAGGCACGGCCUCACCUUCACAGUGAUAGAAAAAGAGACAGGUGGCAGGGUCGCCUGGGACUGCAUCCCACACAAGACCAGCCUGUGUGGAGGCAAAUCAGGGAACAGUUACCCAGAUUCCACUUACCUCACUCGCUUGUCAGAGGUCUUGACCUCCCACGGGAUUGAGGAGACGCCGGCCAAGUCUUAAAAGCAAUGUGAGGAGGAGUUCUUAGGUGGUUUUGUAUUUUGAAAGUAUAUUUUUGUGAUUAGAGCAGUUUGCACUGUAAGUUUUAUGAUUAGUACCAGGUUGUAUUGCUUUGUUUGAGCAAGUCCUUGAUAUCUAAUGAUGUAUAUAGAGAUUUAAAUCAUUUUCAGUGUUAUAGUCCUACUUGCAGCUAUUUUGUAUUUUUUUAAUUCAGCAACCUGCCUCACUGUUGCUUCCUUUUACAUCGAUUCAAACUGUGUGUAAAUGACAAAUGUGACCACUAUCAUCUUAUAGCAUUCCUAACAUUUUCAUUUUCACAGUUUCAGCUUUAUUUUGUAAAAAAAAAAUGCAUUCCAUACUGUAUUGUGUGUAUAGAGCUUGUAUAGAUAUACAUUUUAUACCAUCCUGUGUAGUUUUAUGAAUUGUGUUUUUUGGUAAAAAGGGAGUAAAAUUAACAAUUUUGUACAAAUGUGUCUGGAGAGAAUUUCAGAAUGGGCACAGAAAUAAAAAAAGCACUUCUCCUGA